GUGUGGAAGCAUUAUUAGCAGGAGUGCUGGGGAAUAAAUAAUAAAGAAGAAAGAAAAAAAGUACAUGGAUAAUCCCAGUGGACUCGUGUCAAAACACGCAAAACAAGACAAACGCGUGUAGAACCCUGAGAUAUUUUUGAGCUACGAAAAAGAUAUUUUCGAAUCUGAGCCCCAGCGGGACACGUGUCCAAUCGUGCCCUCCUCCAUCCACAAUGGGGAUCCCUGACGUUAUUCUCGAUUCUCUAUCACGGCAGGCAUCUCAGCAAUACAAUGCCUACACGCGUCCGUUUGCGAAUAGAAACAUAACACGUUAUCCAUAGUCCCAAACCCAGGCUCUGAUACACUUUAACCAGCCAUUCUCUGAAAGCCACGUUUCGUACUCGGACAGAUUUAUAUAUCCAAGCGCGGAGAAAUCGGCCCGCAGUGUUGCCAUGAGUCGGAACCAGCGUCUCAAACCAAACCCGCCGAGUCAAGGUUCUGAGUCAGCUGAGUCCGGCAUAUUCAACGAGCGCGUACUCGUCCUGCUCUUCGAGACCAUCAGAUGGGACAUCCACACCCUGUGCUCGGCAUCUUCCGUUAACCGAAAGCUCCGAGCCAUAGCGAAGCGGCUACUCUGGCGCGAGGUCUGCCUGUACCGCGCCCCGCGCAUGGUAGCCACAUUGGCCAACGGCAUGCCCAACGGCCGGUUCUGCGGCGGGUGGCACGCGCUGGCGAAGCUGAUGUUCUUCUGCUGUGGGUUCGAGUCAACUCGACAUUUCAAGGUGAGUCAACCCUCUCCGGGCCACUUCGCGAAGGCCUCUCGGUUCUCGAAAACUUCAGGCCGAAGUUUCCUGGCCAAGAAGUGUCGGGGCGACUUGUUGUACGUAAGCGACCCGUGCGAGCAUCCGACAGGGGACAAGGAAGAUGAUCUGGGGAUCUAUAGAGGGGUAUUCAAGGGAUUUAGCAGAUCGAAGACGAGGGCGUGCUUGAUCGGACGGCAGGUGGAGCUGGAGGAGAGAAUGAGAUGUCCAUACUGUGGGGCACGCGUAUGGAGCAUGACGACGGCUGGGCUGGUGCCAAAGAGCGCGGCUAGGAGGCUGGGCUCGCACUCUGGAGGCUUAGAUUAUUUCGUGUGCGUGAACGGGCACUUGCAUGGGAUGUGUUGGCUGGUGCCGUUAUCGUCGGACGAGGACGAAGGCGAAGACGAAAAGGAGGAAGAGGAGGAAGGUAGCGACGGCGAUUGUGGGAUCCGCGGAGUUGAUAAUCAGGAUCGGACGGCGAAUCACAUGGGUAUGGAGUUCAAAGGACGAGGGAAAAUGGAGAUGGGGAAUUCCUUAGUGGGUCCCCAUGAAGUGCUGGUGGGGAUUCAUCAGAAGUCAGAAGUGUUGAGUAGUUAAAUUUUGAGAGUUGAUUAGAAAUGCAUUAAUAUAGAUAUUGGAGAUGUUGUAGGGUAUCGUUAAAUGUAAUGUACAAAAGAGGUUUAGUGUUUGUGCACACUAUAUACAUAAUAAUUGUUGGGUGGGUCAAUAAGAAGAAUAUUAAUCAUCAUGUGCUUUUAUA